CCAAGAAAUUUUUGGAUGAAAUACAAACCGCACAACUACAAAAUCGCAUUAAAAUAAUCCGCAUAAAAAGAGACCUUACAGUAGUCGGUUUCGGGUUCGUGCCUGAUCAACAGACUGACCGCAUGAUUUUUAUCACCCGUUUCCCGUAGAAAAUCUUUCGAGGAGGCUAACUUUUGGAGUUGCGUUGUCUCAUCAAUUCACACCAAUUCAAUUUAAAAUCAAUUAAUGUGUCUAAUAAUGUUUUUGUAAGUUAAAUAUUAGAUUAAAAAGACAAAGUAUUGACCAAGUUUACUCUUAUUUUUAUAUUUUUUCAGAGCAGCUACAAUAAAUUUUGUGAUGAAGAUAUAUUUGAUACUCCUAAUUGGUGUCGCUUUAAUAGCGAUUUCUUCCGCUCAAAAAAAGAGCGAGUGCCAGGAACACAGAGAAAAGGCGAGUAAGAGUUCUGCACCGGUUAAAGUAGUGCCCAUUUGCGAAUCGAAUGGUGAUUACGCGGCUUUACAAUGUCACAACGAAGGAAAGUUCUGUUCCUGUUGGCGCAAAGACGGCACACCCAUAACUCAACCCUCUACAAAAAUUAAAUCUUGCGUUUGCCACCGCGAUAGAGACGACAAAUUGAAAAACUAUUUCGCUACGUGUAAAUCAGCAAAUCGAAUGUAG